AUGACCAUACCACGGCUGGAGCUAACAGCAGCUCCCCUGGCAACGGAUAUUGACAUCGUGCAGAACAGGGUUCUCAAGAUACGAGACACUCUGCCCUCUAACACUUGGAGACAGAUCAACGGCAAGGAGAAUCCAGCGGGCUGCGCAUCAAGGGGUCUAUCACCGAAACAACUGGCGGAGCAUCAACUAUGGUGGACAGGAGCACCUUGGCUUAACCUGCCACCGGAUCAGUGGCUAGCAUCAUCAAUGGAUCUAUCAUCGACAGCGGAGAUAUCAUCAGAGGCGGCUCAAGAGGCGAGACCGCCCAUCAUCAGCUCGCAUCCAGUGCGAAUCGGUGAGGCGGACGCGCUGCUCAUCAGACACUUAUCGUUGAAUAAGCUUGUACGGGUCAUAGCCUGGAUCAAUCGAGCCGUAAGACGCCUUCAACAGCAACCGCUACCGGAUUGUCCCCAACUAGGACCACACGAGCUCGAAGAGGCAAGACUGUACUGGGUGAAGUAUACUUAA